CUAGCAAGGACUAGACUGAAAAAAACCAUCCCAUCUCUUCGCUCUCCCUUUCCCGGCACCUGAGUCGGAGAAGGUCACCGCUGCGGCGAUGGACAACAACAGCCUAUUGGCAGCGUGGCCGGUCGUGGGCCCUGGCAUCGCCGGCGCCGUCUUCGGAGCCGGGUGGUGGUUCUGGGUCGACGCCGUCGUCUGCAGCGCCGCCGCCGUCCCGUUCCUCCACUACCUACCCGGGUUCUUCGCCUCGUUCGCGGCGCUCAUGUUCAACUGCGUGAAUCGGGAGGACAUCGGCGACAGUUACUACUCGCCCUACGACAACUCCGAGUGGAGGGUGAAACUCUGGCUUUUUAUUUCAUAUAUGGUGUCUUUUGUCUCAUUGGCUGGGUCAGUUGGUUUUUUGGUUCAAGACGCACUUACAGAUACAGGACCGUCUGCAUGGACUGGGACUGCUGGUGUCCUACAAUGCGUCUUUGUGUUAGUGAGUGGGUUGAUCUACUGGACAUGUCACUCUGAAGAUUGACUUAAGAGGUAUGGCCAAGAAAGAUGAGGAUUGUGAAGGUGGCUAUGAUAUGAGCUUGUUGGCAGAAAUGCAAAUAUGGUAUCUUGGUCUAUUGUUUUUCCCAAGCCCUGAAGUUUGGUAUCUCUGUAAAUAUAAAUAUAUAAUCACAUACCGCACUGCUUAAAAUUAGUUUCAAGGUGUUGUUUUGGUGCAACAAAAUUUGACGGAUGACGACUAGUAAAUAACUAAAUAUCUAUCUAUUUGUUCCUGUU